GCAAAGACAACGCUUUUUGUCUCAUCCCAAAUCUUUUUUUUCACUCACCCCAUCGUAACUUCAUUAAUUCCUAUCCAAUCUUUUCUUAUAAUGAACUACUCUCAAACAAUUCUUAACUUCGAUCUCAUAACCUGCAAAAACAUUCGUUACACUUGUUCAGAUCCUCUUCCCUUUUAGCCGUCCAAGCAAAACCGUGAUCUCUCUCUCUUCUUUUAUACAGUCAAAAAUUAGAUUCAGAUUCUUCACGAACUCUGUUUUUCUAGUAGCAUGGUGUGUUUGGUCUCUCGGACGGGUCGUCAAUCCCAAAGAUACAACAAGGGACGCCGUCAAGUCGUCGGGUGUAUUCCAUACAGACUCAAGAUUUCGAGCGAUGGCACAAUUACUGACGAAUUUGAAGUUCUUGUUAUAUCAUCACAGAAGGGUCACGCUCUGAUGUUCCCAAAGGGUGGUUGGGAGCUUGAUGAAACUAUAGAAGAAGCUGCAUCAAGAGAAUCUCUAGAAGAAGCUGGAGUUGUUGGAAACGUUGAGAAACAACUUGGAAAAUGGGAUUUCUUAAGCAAAAGCAGAGGAACAGUCUAUGAAGGAUUAAUGUUCCCAUUGCUUGUGAAAGAAGAGCUUGAGCUUUGGCCUGAACAACAUCUUCGUCGAAGAAUUUGGAUGAAAGUGGAUGAAGCAAGAGAAACUUGUAGAGAUUGGUGGAUGAAGGAAGCUUUAGAUGUUUUGGUCCAAAGGCUUUCUUCACCAUCAUUGAAGCCUGUGGAAGAAGACAAGACCAUUCCACUGAUCUCUAUCUGCUGAAAAAACAAUCAGAUGUGUUCUUAAUCACUUUGUAAAUAACAUCUCACGCCUUUCCAUAAAGAGUCUACAAACUAAAGGAAAAGUAUGUACAGAUCACAAAAAUAUUUUAGAUUUUAGAUUUUAGGUGUGUGUAGCUAGACACCAUCAUGUGAACUUGUUUACCAAAAAAAACGUUUUGUAAUUGUCAUGAUGUAUCGGCAACUGCUUAGGAUGGGAGAAAGAAGAUCAAAGCAAAGAGUACGCAAACAAAAAGUUGUGCAAUAAUGUUUCCUCUGUUUGUA